AUAACAACAAUAAUAAUAUUUAUUUAUUCUACUUAGAAAGGUGAUAUUUUUAUAAAAGACUAUUGUCCGUCUGAAGUGUUCAUUUUUAUCAAUCAAAUAUUUUACCUCGAGAAACGACUCCGUAGUUUACUGAUAUUACAUUAGAAAAGUCUUGGCUUUAUUUGAGUCGUAAUGAAAUGGUAUAUUUCUUGGUUACUUCAGAGUUAAUCGAUUGAUUUCUCAUCAUUAUAGAUGACAGAUGAUUAAAGAGAAGUUCAUUUUUCAAUGCUUUGUGAUCAGUACUUUUUUUUAUCAUUAGUAAUUUUCAUUAAGUGUCAACCAUUACUUAAUUAUAAUAAUUAUGGCAACGCAAAAUGCAUUCAGUGUUGUCGAGUUUUAUUUUAAUGAGGAUUCAAGUGAACACAAAUGCGGUUACUGCAAAAAACGCAAUGCUUAUAAGCGUCAUGGAUUGUGGGCACACCGAUUGACUGUACGGGAUUACCAAAAUUUAAUUGAUAGAGGCUGGCGAAGAAGUGGGUGUUAUUGUUAUAAACCAACAAAUGAUCAGACAUGCUGUCCACUGUAUACAAUAAAAUGUGAAGCCUUGGAUUUUAUGCUCUCAAAAUCGCAGAAAAAAAUUAUAAAACGAGUUGCUAAAUUUAUCAAAGAAGGAAAAAAGGAAGAAGCUUAUGACAAGAAAACACAUAAACGAACGAAAAUUCAUCACGAUUCUCUGAAUGACAUUGUGGAACCAGAUUAUUCCGAGCAUAUGGCUAGAGCUCAUGCAAAUUUAUCGGAAAACGAAAUUAUGAUGCGAGAAACAGAAUGUGAUAAAAAAUUAUCCUCAAGUCCUCAGGACAAAAUACAAUCAGAGUCUGAGGAUAUUAUAGAAAAUACUCCAGCUCAACCAAUGAUACAAGAUAUCGAAUCUCUUAGCAAUGAAUCAAAAAAAUCUUUAACUCAAAAUAAGCCAUCAAAUACCUCAACCAUGUCUGUCUCAGAUAGUGAUUUACCUAAAAAAGCUAAGCUUAUGAGGAUUGAACGUGCACGAAAUAGACUAUUAGCCAAAGGAAAGACGAUAGAAGAAAUUGAGCUCAUUUACAAGAAAAAAAAAGAGAAAAAUAAACCAAAAAGCCUUGAUGAAUUACUUAAUAGUUUGACUGACGGAGUGAAUAAAUUAGAGCUGAAAUUAGUACCAGUAUCAUCAGAAGAAUUUAUGGCAACAGUAGAUGAGAGUGCGGAAUUAUUCAAAAAAUACCAAAUUGCUGUGCAUAAUGAUGAUCCAUUUGAUUGUGAUAAAAAAUCUUUUUUAAAUUUUUUGGGUAAAAGUCCUCUUCAUCACUGGAAGCCAGAAUCCGGACCACCACUAGGAUAUGGGUCUUUUCAUCAACAAUACAGGCUAAAUAACAAAUUGAUGGCUGUUGGAGUUAUAGAUAUACUGCCAUAUUGUGUAUCAAGUGUUUAUUUUUUUUAUGAUCCAGUAUAUUCUUUUCUUUCACUCGGUACAUACAGUUCUCUAAUGGAAGUACGUUUAGUCAGAGAAUUAAAUAAAACAGUACCAGACUUAAAAUACUAUUAUAUGGGUUAUUAUAUCCAUUCAAUUCCAAAAAUGAGGUACAAAGCAAAAAUGAGGCCUUCAAAGUUACUCUGCCCUGAAACUUAUAAAUGGUUUGACAUAGAACGUUGCUUGCCCAAAUUAAAUGAAAAUGAAUACUCAAGACUUAAUGAAGAUAUAGAUGCUAUUGACGAAGAUGGAGUUAUUGGUUUUGAAACAUUGUUGAAGGUUCCAGUGUAUUACCGUGGUAGAAUGUUAUAUCAGAAUGUACGAGAGAUUCGUCGUAAGUUCGAUGAUAAAAAGGAUGACAUUAAUGAAGUAAAAGAGUAUGCAGAAGUUGUAGGUAAAAAAUGUGCCCUUAAUAUGUAUUUAGUACGAACCUGAAAAGUACUCAAUUAUAAUACUAAUGGUCACUAGUUAAAUAAAUAUAAAAUGUUAAACAAGUAA